UGAAGGAGCUCAUCUCUCAGACGAUGGUCAGCUGGGCCCAGGAGUGUCACAUCCAAGACCCCAAACUCGUUCGCAAGAUGUUUAGCCUUCUAAGGAGGCAGUAUGACAGCAUUGGGGAGCUUCUCCGGGCAAUGAGGAAGACCUACACCAUCAGUGCUGCCUCGGUUCAGGACACCAUCCACCUCCUUGCCUCCCUCGGUCAAAUCAGGUCUCUGCUGUCUGUCCGCAUGGGGAAAGAGGAGGAGAAGCUCAUGAUUGAUGGACUCAGUGACAUCAUGAACAACAAGGUGUUUUACCAGCACCCAAACCUGAUGAGAAUACUGGGCAUGCACGAGACCGUAAUGGAGGUCAUGGUGAAUGUGCUGGGAGGAGACAAGUCUCAGGAAAUUGCUUUUCCUAAAAUGGUAGCCAGUUGCUGUCGCUUCCUGUGCUAUUUUUGUCGGAUCAGCCGACAGAACCAGAAGGCCAUGUUUGACCACCUCAGCUACCUGCUAGAGAACAGUAGUGUGGGUCUUGCUUCACCAGCGAUGAGAGGAUCUACGCCUCUAGAUGUAGCUGCAUCCUCUGUGAUGGAUAACAACGGCUUAGCUCUAGCACUGGAGGAACCUGAUCUGGACAAGGUGGUUACAUACCUGGCUGGAUGUGGUCUACAGAGCUGUCCCAUGCUUCUGGCUAAAGGGUACCCAGACAUUGGCUGGAACCCCAUAGAAGGAGAGCGUUAUCUCUCCUUCUUGCGUUUUGCGGUCUUCGUCAACGGAGAGAGCGUGGAGGAGAACUCCAGUGUUGUGGUGAAACUGCUCAUCCGACGUCCAGAGUGUUUUGGCCCUGCACUGAGAGGAGAGGGAGGGAACGGCCUACUGGCUGCGAUGAAGGAGGCUAUUAAGAUCUCUGAGACUCCCGCUUUGGACCUGCCAGGCUCUGUGCAUCGAGUCAGCUCUGAUUUGUCAGCUGAUGGCGACGAUGAGGAGGAGGUGGUCCACAUGGGCAAUGCCAUCAUGUCAUUCUACUCUGCCCUCAUUGACCUGUUGGGACGCUGUGCCCCUGAGAUGCAUCUCAUCAACAAAGGAAAAGGUGAAGCUCUGCGCAUUCGAGCAAUAUUACGUUCCCUAGUGCCCACCGAAGACCUCGUAGGAAUUAUCAGCAUUCCCCUCAAAACGCCCAUUCUCAACAAAGACGGAUCAAUGACUGAGCCUGACAUGUCAGCUAGCUUCUGUCCAGACCACAAAGCCCCGAUGGUGCUGUUUUUAGACAGGGUGUAUGGUAUUGAAGACCAAAGCUUUCUGCUUCAUCUGCUCGAAGUCGGCUUCCUCCCCGACCUGAGGACGGCUACCACUCUGGAUACGGAGGGGCUCUGUACCACUGAGACCGCCCUGGCUAUGAAUCGCUACAUCGGCUCAGCCAUGCUGCCUCUUCUUACGCGGUGUGCCCCUCUCUUUGCUGGCACAGAGCACUAUGCCACUCUUAUCGACUCCACCCUGCACACUAUCUACCGGCUAUCCAAGGGCCGCUCGCUAACCAAGGCGCAGAGGGAUGCCAUUGAAGAGUGUUUACUGUCUAUUUGCAAACACCUCCGCCCCUCCAUGCUCCAGCAGCUCCUGCACCGUCUCGUCUUUGACGUGCCCUUGCUGACUGAAUACUGCAAGAUGCCUCUAAGGCUUCUAACCAACCACUAUGAGCAGAACUGGAAGUACUACUGCCUCCCCUCAGGAUGGGGCAGCUUCGGCACAGCAUCUGAAGAUGAACUUCUGCUCACCAAGAGGAUCUUCUGGGGGGUGUUUGAUUCUCUUUCUCAGAGGAAGUACGACCCAGAGUUAUUUAAGAUGGCCAUGCCGUGUCUCAGUGCUAUAGCUGGAGCUUUGCCACCAGACUAUGUGGAUGCCUCCAUUAGCACGGCCGUUGAAAAGCCUGUUUCUGUGGAUGCUCAGGGAAACUUUGACCCCAAACCCAUCAAUACUGCUAACUUUGUGUUACCAGAAAAACUUGAACAUUUGACCAACAAAUAUGCUGAGCAUUGCCAUGAGAAAUGGUCUGCAGAGAAGGUGCUGCUGGGGUGGAAAUAUGGGGACUGUGUGGAUGAGAAAGCUAAAACUCACCCUCAGUUAAGGAUCUACAAAGCCCUGACAGAAAAGGAGAAGGAGAUUUACAGAUUGCCCAUUAGGGACUCGCUUAAAAGCAUGCUGGCCAUGGGCUGGAGCAUCGACAGGACAAAGGAUGGAGAGAGCAUGUCUCUGCAGAGGGAAAAUGAGAAAAUGAGGAAAAUAUCUCAAGCUUCUCAGGCUAAUGGUUUUAAUCCCAGCCCAGUAGACACAAGUAAUGUGACUUUGUCCAGAGAACUGCAGGGUAUGGUGGAAGUAAUGGCUGAGAAUUACCAUAACAUCUGGGCCAAGAAGAAGAAAAGUGACCUUGGAAGCAGAGGCGGAGGAACUCAUCCUCUCCUGGUGCCCUAUGACACGCUGACAGCCAAGGAAAAGGCCCGUAAUCGAGAAAAAGCCCUGGACCUUUUUCGCUUCCUGCAAAUUAAUGGCUAUAGCAUUACAAGAGGUUUGAAGGACUUGGAGCAGGAUUCCUCUUCCAUGGAAAAAAGGUUUGCCUAUAAAUUCCUCAAGAAGCUGCUGAAGUAUGUCGAUUCAGCCCAGGACUUUAUCGCCCACUUAGAGUCGAUGGCAGCCAGUGGAAAAACAGACAGGUCCCCUCAUGAACAAGAAAUCAAGUUUUUUGCCAAAGUUCUCCUCCCACUCAUCGAUCAAUAUUUCAAGAACCACUCUUUGUAUUUCCUCUCCUCUCCCAACAAGAACCUAAGCUGCAGUGGUUACGCCUCCAACAAAGAGAAGGAAAUGGUCACCAGCCUAUUUUGUAAACUGGCAGCUCUUGUCAGACAUAGGAUUUCUCUUUUUGGGAGUGAUUCCACCACCAUGGUCAGCUGUCUGCACAUCCUGGCACACACUCUCGACACCAGGACAGUAAUGAAGUCGGGCUCGGAGCAGGUCAGGGUGGGGCUCAGGACUUUCUUUGAGAACGCUGCGGAGGACUUAGAGAAGACCUUUGAGAACCUGAAGCUGGGGAAGUUCACUCACUCUCGCUCCCAGAUGAAAGGCGUGUCGCAGAAUAUCAACUACACAACUGUGGCUUUGCUUCCCAUCCUAACUGCUCUGUUUGAGCACAUCACUCAACACCACUUUGGAGUAGAUCUGCUUUUGGAUGAUGUGCAGGUGUCCUGCUAUCGAAUCCUGACCAGCCUCUUUGCUCUUGGCACUGGGAAAAACAUCUAUGUCGAAAGGCAGCUGCCAGCUCUCGGUCAGUGUCUGGCCACUCUUGCUGGCGCCAUGCCUGUAGCCUUCCUGGAGCCAAAGCUCAACACGCACAACCCCUGCUCCGUUUUUAAUACCAAGAGUGCCAGAGAUCGAGCAGUGCUGGGAAUACGAGAAUCAGUUGAGGAGAUGUGUCCUGGCAUGCCGCGGCUUGACGGGCUCAUGAAAGACAUCAAUGACAUGGCUGAGUCUGGUGCGCGCUACACCGAAAUGCCCCAUGUGAUCGAGGUGGUGCUGCCCAUGCUGUGCAACUACUUGUCCUACUGGUGGGAGAGGGGCCCUGAAAACCAGGCUGCCAGUGGUGGAAGCACUUACUGCACUACGGUCACCUCGGAGCACCUCAGCCUCAUCCUCGGCAACAUCCUCAAGAUCCUCAACAACAACCUAGGCAUCGACGAGGCCUCCUGGAUGAAGAGAAUUGCAGUUUAUGUGCAACCUAUCAUUAGUAAGGCUCGCGCAGACCUGCUCAAGAGCCACUUCUUGCCCACCCUGGAGAAACUAAAGAAGAAGACAGUAAAAGUGGUGGCUGAAGAGGAGCUUCUGAAGGCCGACAGUAAAGGAGACACCCAGGAGGCCGAGCUGCUCAUUUUGGAUGAGUUUGCUGUGCUCUGCAGGGAUCUUUAUGCAUUUUACCCCAUGCUCAUCCGCUAUGUGGACAACAACAGGUCUAGGUGGCUGAAAGAACCAGAUUCAGACUCCAAUGAGCUCUUCAGAAUGGUUGCAGAGAUUUUCAUCCUCUGGUGCAAGUCUCAUAACUUUAAAAGAGAAGAGCAAAACUUUGUGGUUCAAAAUGAAAUCAACAACCUUUCUUUCUUGACUGGAGACAAUAAAACAAAGAUGUCAAAGUCCUUUAAGGAAAAGUCUGGAGGACAAGACCAGGAGAGGAAACAUAAGAAGAGGCGCGGCGAGUUUUACUCCAUUCAGACCUCAUUAAUUGUGGCCGCUCUGAAGAAGAUGCUGCCAAUCGGCCUCAACAUGUGCACCCCUGGGGAUCAGGAGCUGAUUUCUCUUGCCAAGACUCGCUACCUCAUGAAAGAUACAGAUGAAGAGGUUAAAGACCACAUACAUCAAAAUUUGCACCUUCGAGAAAAGUCUGAGGACCCUGCUGUGCGGUGGCAGCUGAACCUGUAUAAGGACAUUGUGAUGAGGAUUGAAAGCCCACCUGACCCUGAACGAGUGGUUGACCGUAUCCAAAGGAUCUCUGCUGCCAUCUUUAAUCUGGAACAGGUGGAGCAGCCACUAAGAUCCAAGAAGUGCGUGUGGCAGAAGUUGCUCUCCAAACAGCGAAAGCGUGCAGUUGUUGCCUGCUUCCGAAUGGCCCCCCUUUAUAAUCUACCAAGGCAUCGCUCUAUUAACCUCUUCCUUCUGGCAUAUCAAAGUAUAUGGAUAGAAACAGAGGAGUACUCUUUUGAGGAGAAGCUGGUGCAGGACCUCGCAAAAACACAGCCUAAAGUGGAAGAAGAGGAAGAGGAGGAGGUCCGAAAGCAACCUGACCCUUUACACCAGCUCAUCCUUCAUUUCAGCCACAAUGCUCUGACUGAAUGCAGUUCGUUGGAAGAGGAUCCCUUGUAUAUUGCAUAUGCAGAUAUGAUGGCAAAGAGUUGUGCUGAAGGCGAAGAGGAAGAAGAAGGAAAAGAGAAAACAUUUGAGGAAAAGGAAAUGGAGAAACAGAAGAUGCUGUAUCAGCAAGCCCGACUGCACGACCGAGGAGCAGCAGAGAUGGUUCUUCAAAUGAUUAGUGCCAGCAAAGGUCGACUUGGUGCCACGGUGACUUUCACCCUCAAACUGGGUAUCUCCAUUCUCAACGGUGGAAACAUCCUGGUCCAGCAGAAAAUGCUGGAUUAUCUCAAGGAGAAACGAGACGUGGGGUUUUUCAAAAGUCUGUCUGGAUUGAUGAUGUCAUGCAGUGUCCUGGAUUUGAAUGCCUUUGAAAGGCAAAACAAAGCCGAAGGCCUGGGGAUGGUUACUGAAGAGGGAUCAAUCAACGUGAGUGAGCGGGGUUCCAAGGUUCUGCAAAAUGAUGAGUUCACUAAGGAUCUCUUUAGGUUUCUGCAACUUCUCUGUGAGGGUCAUAACAAUGAUUUUCAAAAUUUCCUGAGGACCCAAACGGGGAAUACCACCACAGUCAAUAUCAUCAUCAGCACAGUUGACUACCUGCUUAGACUCCAGGAAUCCAUCAGUGAUUUCUACUGGUAUUAUUCUGGUAAGGAUGUCAUUGAUGAAGCUGGCCAGAGGAACUUUUCUAAAGCACUGUCAGUUGCCAAACAGGUCUUCAACUCUUUGACAGAGUAUAUACAGGGUCCAUGCAUCGGUAAUCAGCAGAGUCUGGCUCACAGCAGGCUGUGGGAUGCAGUUGUGGGCUUCUUGCACGUCUUUGCCAACAUGCAGAUGAAAUUAUCCCAGGACUCCAGUCAGAUUGAAUUACUGAAGGAGCUCCUGGACCUGCAGCAGGACAUGAUCGUCAUGAUGCUUUCUCUUCUAGAAGGUAACGUUGUGAAUGGAACUAUUGGCAAACAGAUGGUUGACACCUUGGUGGAGUCUUCAAGUAACGUGGAGAUGAUUCUGAAAUUUUUUGACAUGUUCCUCAAGUUGAAGGACUUGACGACAUCAGACAGUUUUAGGGAAUACGACUCAGAGAGUAAAGGCGUCAUUUCUAAGAAGGACUUUCAAAAGUCCAUGGAGAACCAGAAGCAGUACUCUCAGUCUGAAAUUGAGUUUCUUCUCUCCUGCGCUGAGGCUGAUGAGAACGACAUGUUUAGUUACAAACAAUUUGUGGAGAGAUUUCACGAACCAGCAAAGGACAUUGGCUUCAAUGUGGCCGUGUUGCUCACCAACCUUUCGGAGCAUAUGCCCCAUGAUGCUCGUCUCUCUACGUUUCUUAACCUGGCUGAAAGCGUCCUGAGCUACUUUGAGCCUUUCUUGGGUCGUAUUGAGAUCAUGGGUGGAGCCAAACGCAUCGAGAGGGUCUACUUUGAGAUCAGCGAGUCAAGUCGCACGCAGUGGGAAAAGCCUCAGGUGAAAGAGUCGAAGCGGCAGUUCAUAUUCGAUGUGGUCAAUGAGGGCGGCGAGAGUGAGAAGAUGGAGCUGUUUGUCAACUUCUGUGAGGACACCAUCUUUGAAAUGCAGCUGGCUUCUCAGAUCUCAGAGCCGGAUCCUGUUGAGCGUUCUGACGAGGAUGAGGACGAGAGCCAAAAUGUAGUGGAGAACCAGGACGAGAAGGAAGAGGAGAACGUCAUGAUGGAGUCUUCCUCAGCUUUCACAAUCGCCUGCAUCUCAAUGAGAAAGAACCUGUGUCACUUCCGACAACUGCUCACUCUGAAGAGCAUGAGGCGGCAAUAUCGGAGAUUCAGGAAGAUGAGUGUGAGGGAGAUGGUGAAGGGCUUCUUCUCUUUUUUCUGGAUGAUCAUCACUGGUCUUUUCCACUUUAUCUACAGCCUGGUUUGGGGUUUCUUCCACAUCUUGUGGACCACUAUGUUUGGGGGUGGCCUGGUCGAAGGGGCUAAGAAUAUGAAGGUGACGGAUAUUUUGGGAAACAUGCCUGACCCCACUCAGUUUGGGAUUCAUGGAGAUGUCCUGGAAACAGAAAAAAUGGAGGCCAAUGAUGCCUCAGCUUUGGAGGAGAUGGGUCAGAUGGCUCAGGGCGAUGCAGCGGAGACUGACCUGAUGGCGGAGCUGCUCAACAUACAGCCAAGGAGGGAGGGCAAGCAUGGAACUGAGCCAGGCUUAGGGGACGUAUCGGAGGUGGUGGUGGGAGAUGCUCCAUCAAUAGCCAGCGCUGUCAGGCAGAAGAAGGCACAGAUGGCUGCAAAGAAGAAGGCUUCAACUGGAGACUACAAAUCAGACUCAGAGAAGGGAGAUUCAGAGGAUGGUGAGAAAAAGGACCAUGACAAGGCCAAGGACGAAGCUCCACCACAGCAUUCGAUAGAGGAGAGAAGAGCCCCAAAGAAGAGGCUCAGCCUGAGGAAAGAACCACCAGAGGCCUUUAUGGCCAGCUUUCUGGCUGGCUUAGAAAUCUACCAGACUAAAAUGCUGAACUACCUGGCUAGAAAUUUCUACAACUUGCGCUUCUUGGCACUUUUUGUUGCCUUUGCAAUCAACUUCAUACUUCUCUUCUACAAGGUGACCGGUGAUUACUCUGAAGAUGAAGACCCCUGGAACCGGAGAGGCAGAGAAGGAGAGGAGGAGGACGAAGGAGCACUCGAGUACUUUGUCCUGCAGGAAAGCACCGGUUACAUGGCACCAACACUUCGUUGUCUGGCAAUACUACAUACCAUCAUAUCUUUCCUGUGUGUGGUGGGAUAUUACUAUUUGAAGGUGCCUCUGGUUGUGUUCAAACGAGAAAAGGAAAUAGCUAGGAAGCUGGAGUUUGCAGGCCUGUAUAUUACCGAGCAGCCGUCUGAUGACGACAUUAAAGGACAGUGGGACAGGCUGGUCAUCAACACCCUCUCCUUUCCCAACAACUACUGGGAUAAAUUCGUCAAACGCAAAGUGAUAAAAAAGUAUGGAGAUCUGUACGGAGCCGAGAGGAUAGCAGAGCUGCUGGGGUUGGACAAGAGUGCUCUGGAUUUCAACCCCACAGAGGAGACGGUUGCCAAGGAGGCAUCGCUAGUGUCAUGGCUGAGCUCAAUCGAUACAAAAUACCACGUCUGGAAAAUGGGAGUGGUGUUUACGGACAACUCAUUCCUGUAUCUAGUUUGGUACACAACCAUGUCCAUUCUGGGCCACUACAACAACUUUUUCUUCGCUGCCCAUCUGCUGGACAUCGCCAUGGGUUUCAAGACCCUCCGCACAAUCCUGUCCUCCGUCACUCAUAAUGGCAAACAGCUUGUGUUGACAGUGGGCUUGCUGGCAGUCGUGGUCUAUCUCUACACUGUGGUGGCCUUUAACUUCUUCAGGAAGUUCUACAACAAGAGCGCGGAUGACGAUGAGCCAGACAUGAAGUGUGAUGACAUGAUGACGUGCUAUCUGUUCCACAUGUACGUUGGGGUGAGAGCAGGAGGCGGCAUCGGGGACGAAAUCGAGGACCCGGCGGGCGACCCGUACGAACUCUACCGCAUCCUUUUUGACAUUACGUUCUUCUUCUUUGUCAUUGUUAUCCUGCUGGCUAUCAUUCAAGGUUUGAUUAUUGACGCCUUUGGAGAGCUGAGAGAUCAGCAGGAGCAAGUCAAAGAAGACAUGGAGACUAAAUGUUUCAUUUGCGGCAUUGGUAACGACUACUUUGACACAACGCCUCAUGGCUUCGAGACUCACACCCUGCAAGAGCACAAUUUGGCCAACUACCUGUUUUUUCUGAUGUACCUCAUCAAUAAGGAUGAAACAGAGCACACUGGUCAGGAGUCCUAUGUGUGGAAGAUGUAUCAGGAGCGCUGCUGGGAUUUCUUCCCAGCUGGAGAUUGCUUCCGGAAGCAGUACGAAGACCAGCUGGGAUAGAGGAGAUGCGUUUUCCUCUUCUCUAUUCAGACAGAUACAACACACACACACAUACACAGUCAACCCAGCAUUGCUUUGAAAAUGUUUGGCAAGAAGCUUAAAGAAAUGUUUUUAUUAAAAACAAGAGAUGAGUGGAGGUCAUGUUGAUCGCCACUGUUGGUACAGAAACAAAAAAAAACAGGAUUCUGACUUGUUCAGACUUAUUUGAUCUGUUUUAGAUUCGGGAUUUGUUAUUGACGUGUGUUGCCUUUUCAACAACAUAACCCCAAGUUAUUGCACAAUUUUUUUUUUUUUAUAUUUAUUUACUUAUGUAUUUAUUUAUAGUGUUUUGGAAAAAAUAGUGGGUGUGUGGGGUUAUCAGACAAUGUUUCAGUCAAUAUUAUGCACAAUGUAUGAAUGUCGAACCUGAGACUUAAUGCCAAAAGAAAAGCAGAGAAGUGUAGAAGAUAAUACUUAGUGGGCAAAAAUGUGACUACAGAAAAGUUUUAUUCAGAUGUUGUAACAUUGCAUAUUAAAGUGACGUUUCUGGAGAGAAGUGGCAAAAGGUAAAAUAAAUGCCUAAAGUUCUUUAUGAAGUGCCUUACAGUACUGUAUCUACAUUACAAUGAAGCUAUGCAAAAUGUUUUUUGUUUUUUUUCCAUAUUGUAUGUAAUACAAUAGUCUUACUGGAGCGAUAAUCUGUUAACUGACCAGAUACAGUACGUAGUUUGUGGUUAAACGGGGAAAAAAAAAAAAAAAAAAAAAAAAACGUUGGUAUUUCCUAUUUUGUUGCUGAAUGCAGCAUAACUUCAAAUGUUCGAGAUACAGUGUAAAAACAACAAAUGGAAUAAACCGAUCACCCCUCAACGUCAACAAAAAAAAAAAUAAAAUAAAAUAAUGAACUGCUAUUGUAUGGCGAUUUGUAUGUAAUAGCUUUGCUGAUCUGUGCAUUUCUUUUGAUGGAAAAGAAAUAAAUUGUUGAAGAACUAA